GUACCACCAAUCGUUAUGUCGUGCAACCAGUCGGGACAGGUCGUGGCUGGUCGCACGACAGGUGAUACCACCAAUCGUCAGGUAGUAGGACCAGUUGCACGACCAAUCGUGCAUCUUGUUGACCCGCGAUUAGGCACAACUGGUGGUGCGUCCAUGCACGACUGGCGGUACGACCAUGUAAGAUCUGUCUGCGACCUCUUACGAUUAUGAAUCGCUGGUCAGAAGUUUUGAACAUGACCAUCGACUUUGCUGCGACUGAUUUUGCUCUGGCGAUCUACCACGACCCAUGCGUAGGCUUAUUUACCCCACACCAAGAAAACGGAUACAACCAAUGAACACGCUCCUUACAUCUCGGCUCUCACAGUCAUGGCUUCCGCCUAGCCGAGCAUGCAAAGAGCGUUACAUCGUCAUGUCUCCCGAGCCACUACGCCCGCGUGGGCAUAAGCUACUAUAACAAGGAAUACAAAGGGUUCAUAAGAUCUCCAUAAACCUACAAGAAGUGUGGAAUACAGGUCUCAUUCUGGCAGUAUCGAGAAAGGCGUUUCUUGAACGAAGCGAGAAUCCAUCUGUAUAACAACGGAAUACAUUUGAAAAUGAUUCAAAACAAUAUACGGAAAUCGUGCAUGUUAAGGCCAUGAACAUGAUAUAAACAGCCGGGUAAAAAUAUGGCAGGCAGAAAGCAAGACAGGGGAUGGGCAUGGAUGGUAACAUUUGCUGUCAUGCUUCAGAACUUCUUUGUAGUCGGCUUGCUAAAGUCGUUUGGAAUCCUCUUCGUGCAGUUCAGAGACACCUUCCACGCUACUGCGUCAAUGACGUCAGCCGUUCUUGGUAUGCAGGCAGCUGCCUUCUGUCUAGCUGCUCCAAUCUGCCUCCACCUGUUUGCUCGUAAAUACAGCUACAGACAGCUGAUGUUCUUUGGAGCAAUAACCUCAUCCACAGGAAUUGCAAUAAGCUCCGUGGCCACUGAUAUGGUACACCUGCUUUUCUCGUGCGGUGCAAUGAUUGGGGUUGGGAACGCCUUCAUGCACGGACCAAGCCUAGUAAUGAUCGGUCAGUAUUUUAACAGGCGGUUAAGCCUCGCAAACAGUAUAGCUAUCGGAGGUGGGAGUUUAGGACAGUUUGCUUUCCCGCCUCUCGUUUACUUUCUCUUUGAUACGUACGGUCUGAGGGGCACUCUUCUAAUGAUAGCGGGGUUAAUGUUGCAUUGUUGUGUAUGUGCUGCUAUUAUGAGGCCCUUCAGAAUCGCAACAUGUGAGCCCCAACAGGGCCAGUGUGAGGAAUGUCAAUCUCUCACAUCUCAUCAAAGUCUUCAGGAAGAAGAGGAUGAACAAGGCAAAGAGAAAGAUUUGGUUCAGACAGUAAUCACUUGUAAACAUGCCGGGCUAGAUGUUGAGAAUGUGGACAUGAAUGAGAAAUAUCCUCAAGUCAAUUUGAAGGGAACACGAAGCACACAAGAGGCGAAGGCUGGCUCUAAUUUUCAUCACGACAAGGACAACAGAAACAUCUGCUGCUCAACAAACCUGAUAGGUUUGUCAUUGUGUUGGAAUCCUGUAUUUGUUUUGCUGGAAAUUGCAUCGGCUCUUGCUAAUGUUGGCAGUACACUACAGACUAUUUACAUUGUACCCCAUUCGAGAGAUCUCGGCUUUGACGAGAAGAUGACGUCGCUCCUGGUUACAAUUAUUGGAGCAGCUGAUAUAGUUGGAAAACUUUGCUGUGGAGUAUUGGCAGACACUGGCUGGAUAAAACGUUACAAGCUGCUUGUUAUAUCACUGAUGAUAAGUGGAACCCUUGGACAAUUUAUGUCAUUCUUCUCUUCAACUACACCCAUUAUUCUGUAUUGUGUGGUGAUUGGUCUGGUUGGAGGGUGCUACUUCUCCCUGUUGACCCCAGUGUUAAUCGACUUUCUCGGAAUCGACAACCUACCACGGUCCCUCGGCAUUACAUUGUGUUGUGAGGGAAUAGCCAGCACUGUAGCGCCCGUGCUUCUGGGUUACCUGAAAGAUUCUACAGGGACCUACCUGGCAUCGUUUCAUCUGUUGGGUUCGUUCCUAUUUGUGGCAUCAUUGUCACUCAUCUGUACCAAAUUUGUCAAAGGAAGUCCUUCCGCAAAACCCAAUGAAUAAUCGUACUUGUAUGUUAUAUAUGUAUGUCCAUAUUAAUAAAUAAUAAAUGAA